UGGAGGAUUGCAACUGGAAUCACAUCAAGCAGUUUGACAGUACACUUGACCUCUUUUGAUUAAUUAGAGUGCUCUAUGGAGUUCCCAAAGCUCCCCCCUCACUCCGGCUCUGUGUUAUCAGUGCUGGACAUGCACACGGGCGGAGAGCCGCUGCGCAUUAUCCUGAGUGGGUAUCCAGAGGUGAAGGGGGACACCAUCCUUGCCAAACGACGCUAUGUGAGAGAGCAGCUUGAUCAUCUCCGCAAGGUGUUAAUGUUCGAGCCCCGAGGUCACUAUGAUAUGUACGGAGCCCUGCUGGUCAGAAGUGAGUUAGCAGAAGCUGAUCUCGGCGUCUUGUUCAUGCACAACGAAGGGUACAGCACCAUGUGUGGCCACGCUGUCAUUGCUCUCGGGCGCUUUGCUGUGGAUUAUGGCUUGAUAAAAGCGCCCACUUCCCCAGAGACGCAGAUAAACAUACACUGCCCCUGUGGCUUAGUGAAGGCCUUUACACAGUAUUCCAAUGGGAAAACUGGAGCUGUCAGAUUCCACAGUGUGCCAGCCUUUGCUUUCGCUACGGAUGUGAGUGUCUCGGUACCAGGAUAUGGAUCCAUCACUGUGGACAUCAGUUAUGGCGGAGCUCUGUAUGCUUUUGUGAGUUCUGAGAAAUUUGGAUUGGAUGUCAACAAGUCCAAGACCAGAGAUCUGGUGGAUGCAGCCACUGCUGUGAGCGAUGCUGUUAAAUCCCAGGUAAAGCUGUACCAUCCAGUCAGUGAGGAUCUGGCCUUCCUCUAUGGCACAAUCCUUACUGACGGUAAAGAUGCUUUUUCUGAAGAGCCCACGGCCAAUGUGUGUGUGUUUGCUGAUGCACAGGUGGACAGAAGCCCUACAGGGUCAGGCGUCACUGCUCGCAUAGCUCUUCAGUACCAUAAAGGCCUGAUCGGACUGAACCAGACCAGAAGCUUCAAGAGUGGAGCUACAGGAUCAGUGUUUACAGGAAAAGCAAUAGAGGAGACCACGUGUGGGGACUUCAGGGCUGUGGUAGUGGAGGUCACAGGUCAUGCUCACUACAGCGGUGUGGCCAGCUUCACCCAAGAGAACGAUGACCCUCUGAGAGGUGGUUUUCUUCUGCGCUGACUUAAAGUUUACAACUGAUAUUUCUGCUUCUGAUCGCAGGUACAGUGUAAGACAGGUUUUCUGAGCUCAGGGACAUGUGAAUCUUCUGAUGUAGGUUCUUUAUAAAGGAAAUCAUGAUUAGACAUUGAAUAAAUGUUUAGAUAGGAUUUCAAUAUAUUGU